ACCAACAUCAUUCUUGAAAGUUAAAACCAACUCAAUAGAGGAAAAUGGCAUCACCACCGUUAGAGCCUCAUGUUGUGAUUUUUCCCUUCAUGGCUCAUGGCCACACUCUUCCAUUACUAGACCUCUCCAAAGCUCUUUCCCACCGGAGAAUCAAAGUGACCAUCUUCACAACUCCUUCAAAUGCUAAAUCCAUUUCCAACAAGGUUGGAUGUCACCCAAAUAUAAUCAUCAACACAAUCCCUUUCCCCACAGAUAUCGAUUCCCUCGGGCUACCUCGAGGAAUUGAAAACACAUCCCAACUCCCAUCUAUGGAAUUUUGGUUACCUUUCGUCCUCGCCACCAAGCAACUCCAAAAGCCCUUCGAACAAGUCCUACAAUCCAUGCACGAUUCCAAAACCCUUCCCAUCUGCGUGAUCUCGGAUUUCUUCUUUGGCUGGACACUCGAAUCCUGCCGAAAAUUCGGAGUUCCCAGGUUGGUAUUUCAUGGCAUGGGAGUCUUGUCAAUGGCGAUUUGCAAAAGUGUGAUCGUUCAUAGGCCAUACUUGAAAGCAAAGUCGGUUUCAGACCCUUUAGACUUUCCCGGCCUUAAGCUUCCCUUUCUUUUGAAUACUUCAGAAUUACCAGAGACGCUUCUUCAAAUAGGUGAUGCAAAUGACCCAUUUGCUCAGUUCAUGUUUGAGGUGGGCGAAGCAGACAUCAAUAGCUGGGGGGUCAUUGUUAAUAGCUUCGAGGAGCUAGAGAGUGGUAGUGUUUCAUCUGUGGAAUCAUUCUAUGAGAACGGCGCUAAAGCUUGGUGUUUAGGACCUCUUAACUUUUAUGACAAAGUCGAAGGUGGAGUUGCUAACAUCAACCGGGAAAAACAAAGCCUCGUGUUAACAGAGUGGCUUAACGAGCAAGUGACUCCGGGCUCUGUGAUCUAUAUCGCAUUUGGAACACAGGCUGAUAUGUCAGAGGCUCAACUUGAUGAAGUGGUUUUUGGCUUAGAGGAGGCUGGCGUUCCAUUUGUCUUUGUGGUGCGAUCGACCAAAUGGUCUCCACCAAAUCGACUUAAAGAGAGGUUAAAAGGUAAGGGCUUGAUCGCGAGGGAGUGGGUGGAUCAACGCCAAAUACUAGCACACCGAGCAGUAGGAGGUUUCCUGAGCCAUUGUGGUUGGAACUCGGUGAUCGAAAGCAUCUCUGCCGGGGUGCCCAUUUUGGCGUGGCCGAUGAUCGCAGAGCAGUCUCUGAAUGCCAAGCUUGUUGCUGAAGGACUCGGGGCAGGACUUGCAAUAAAAAAGGUGAAAGAUCACUCGAGGUUGGGGUUUGAAGUCUCAAGGCAAGCAAUACGUGACGGAGUUAGAGAGCUGAUGUUGGGAGGAGAGAAGGGUAGGAAUGCAAAGGAGAGAGCACAGGCCCUCGGAAGAGUAGCUUGGCUUGCUGUUCAAGAAGGUGGUUCUUCCUAUCAAGCCCUAGAUAAGCUUAUAGACCAACUAAGGGUAUCUUCAAUUCUGCCCAGUAAUUAAGUUUAACAGCAUGCAUGGUAGUUUCAAUCUAUAAUAAAACAGAUAAGGUUGAGUUUUUAGUCUCACUCGACUGCGGAAUCAAACAUUAUAAUAUGCAUUAUUGUGUUAAGUGACAUGUAUAUAUUAAACAGAAGUUUGCCAAUCCCCUCCUCUUUCUUGUCUAACCCAUUCAUCAUUCCGAUUGGAAGCAACAAUUAAAAGUCAGU